AUACGCGUGUAGGCAAACCACGGUGUGGUACAGUUCUGUGACAGGCUAGCAUCAGAAAAUAUCCCCGGACAGACGCGUCUGCGCACUGAUAUCUGCCGCAAGCGACUGCAGGCGACUCAGAAACAUGGGGUCCCGAAUAAAGGAGAGCCCAGAGUCCACCUUUGAGGUGUAUCUAGAGGUAGCCCAUCCAGGCUCACACAGCUCAGGGCCAAAAGUGCGAAGGCAGUUCCCUGAGGUCUACACAGACCAGGAAACUCUUCAGACCUUGCCCAAGUUCUGCUUCCCCUUCAGCAUGGACAGCCCAACGGUCACCCAGGUUGGCCAGAACUUCACAUUUGUAUUGACUGACAUUGAGAGCAAACAGAGAUUUGGCUUCUGUCGACUGUCCUCAGGUGCACACACCUGCUACUGCAUUCUCAGCUACCUGCCCUGGUUUGAAGUGUUCUACAAGCUACUGAAUAUCCUUGCAGAUUACACAAUCAAAGGCCAGGAAAGCCAAUGGCAAGAGCUCCUGGUAUCACUUCAUGUGCUACCCAUUCCUGAGCCAGGGGUCCCUGUUCAUCUCGGUGUGCAUUCCUUCUUUACUGUGCCUGACACGAGGGAACUCCCGAGCAUACCUGAGAAUAGAAACCUAACUGAGUACUUUGUAGCAGUAGAUGUCAAUAACAUGCUUCAUCUGUACGCUAGUAUGAUUUAUGAACGUCGAAUUCUCAUCUGCUGUAGCAAACUAAGCACUUUAACAGCUUGUGUCCAUGGGUCUGCAGCCAUGCUAUAUCCCAUGCACUGGCAACAUGUUUACAUUCCUGUCCUGCCUCAACAUCUCUUAGACUACUGCUGUGCCCCAAUGCCAUACCUCAUUGGAGUGCAUUCCAGCAUGAUGGAGAGAGUUCGAGGGUUGGCUCUGGAUGAUGUGGUGGUCCUAAAUGUAGACACAAACACAUUGGAAACUCCCUAUAAUGACCUAGAAAGCCUGCCCAAUGAUGUGGUUGUGUCUUUAAAAAGUCGUUUGAAGAAGGUUUCAACAACAACAGGGGAUGGAGUGGCUCUAGCCUUCCUCAAGAGUCAGGCAGCUCUGUUUGGCAGCUACAGAAACGCUCUGCACAUUGAGUUGGGAGAGCCAAUAACUUUCAAUGAAGAAACAUUUGUGAAUCAUCGUACCAGUGCCAUGAGACAGUUCCUUCACAACGCUAUUCAGUUGCAGCUCUUCAAACAGUUCAUUGAUGGGCGUCUAGACUUGUUGAACUCAGGCGAGGGCUUCAGUGACAUCUUUGAGGAGGAGAUCAACUUGGGCGAAUAUGCAGGAAGUGACAAGACCUACCACCAGUGGCUGUUCACUGUAAAGAGAGGGGGUGGGGCUAUCUUCAAUACAGUGAAGACAAAGGCAAACCCAGCCAUGAGGACUGUUUACAAGUUUGCCAAAGACCAUGCAAAAAUGCGUAUUAAAGAAGUCAAGAGCCGGCUAAAGCAGAAGGAGCAAGCAGAAAAUGGCUUCUCUACAGGAGUGUCAUCUGUCAUCAAUGAUGAAAGCUCAACAAGCAUUGUCUCCCCCCCCAGUGGAUUCAGGACGGAGGGUGCACAGCAAACCUGGGAUGAUGACCACAGGGCAAUCACUGUGCACUUUGGACAGGCUCAGCCACCUGUGUUGUUGAAAAGACCAAAAAGCAAUCUGAGUCUGGAAACCAGCCUUGAACACUCUAUCCGUCCUACUCGUCACUACACAGUGUUUCUCUCUGAAGAUUCAUCUGGAGAUGAGCUCCAGUUCGACAAUGACUCCAUCUCUGGGUUUCCUGACAGCUUUCUCUUCUCUGUUCCUUUUGAGUGGUCACCUCUGCCACAGCCAUACCACUCCCUGAAGGAAGGAGAGUUGAGAGAAGCUGAUGAUCCUAGUAUUGGGGCUGAGAGUCACACUGCUCCUCCCAGCCCAGUCAAGGAGAAGUUCUCCAAUGUCAACUUGCUUGGUGAUAUAUUCAGCUGCCAAGAUGAGCCUGACAUCCAACCAAUUACCUUGGCUAAAAGUCUUGAGGACCUGAGGAUUCCCAAAGACCCUGGGGAGCUACAAGCUACAUUUACUUACCAGCGGAUGGACCUGUGUGUCGAUGAAAACUCUCAAACAUUUCCAGGCCUCAAGCUCUCUAAGCAUUAUAAUAAGCUAUGGAGUAUAGGGCCGUAUGAACCGACCUUGCCCAUUUGUGCACCUCCUGCCUGUGAUGCAGGUGCAUUUAUACAACUUCCUGUGCAGACAGAAGCCCACUCCCCAAGCCAUGAAAGCUCUGAACUGGGUUCUGACCCUUUCACGCCUUCUACCCUUGGCAACAUUACCAUCCCACGUCCCCAUGGAAGAAAGACACCGGAGCUUGGUUCUGUCCUUGCACCCCCCAUGGCCCAGUCACGCUCUAAAGCAGCAGAAACUGGUGAAGCAAGGACUGCAUUUGGGGGGAAAGAGUUUAGGCAAGCUCUGAGCAUGACCACAGAUGGAGAACUGCUCGAGUCCACCAACAUAGCUGAGGGCAGUAUAGAUCUGAUAAGCCUGCUUGACCCCCUUAAUAGCGCAGCAAAUAGUGACUCCACUUCACUUAAAUAUGGGGAAUGCAUUGGCAUUUCGCCAUCUUCCUGCAAACCAACACUUCCACCAAGGUCUUACCCACAGGGCUUACCUAUUUUUCCAAUGCAUCCUCACAUGUCACUUAACCCUUUUGUCCAGUCUCUGCAACCAACCUCCCCUCAAAUGCAUUAUUCACUGACUGCAAGAAGGAAUCCCUUCAGUACAGUGUGUGGGCCUCCAGUAGGCUCUUACUUACACUCUCCAACCCAGCCACAGUCCAUUUCUACACUAUCAGGACUUUACAGACAUCAUUCACCAGGCAGUUCAACUCUGCCACACAGCUAUGGACCGCUCCAGUCAACCUUCUCCUCCUCAGAAACCUCACUGCUUCACUCCUCUGCCAGCAAUCAUGCCCUUUCCAACCUGGCAGACUCAAUGUCUGUCCCCAGUACAGCUAUGAACUUGGUGGUAAAGCCUCUUUCUUCAGAGGCAGACAGCCAGAGGAGUCGGGAUCCUUUUGGGGACCUGAUGACUAUGGUCAAGCCAGCUACACCCCCAAAAAAGAAGGUGGAGGACCUUCGGAGGAGGUGGGAAACGUUUGACUAAAGUCUGUUAAGGUGCCCUCUCUGUAACUACACAAACUUCCCUCACUAUUGGAUCCAAACCUAUUGCAUUUACUGACACAUUAGCCAUAAUACACUCUGUUCUGCUUACGCAACUCACUAUCAUAGAAGGAUUAUAGCUUUACCUGGCAUGUAACACUUGCUGGGUAAAGAAAAAAAGAGUAGAUGACAUCAUAUGUGCGUUAUGCCAGUUUAACUUCAGGUUUAUUCACAAUAUCAGUAUUCAGCAAGUCAGAAAACAUUGUUUAUGAAUUGUAAAGUAAUGUCUACCAGAAAUGGUAAAUACAAUACUUAUAGGAAUCAAAAGCUAGAUGAAACUUGUCAGGAUUAAUAAAGCUAACUGUAACAUUGAAGGGAAAUUCAGGUAGUAAGUUGCUGUUGCCAACUGUAUUAUACUGAUUUGGCAAAGGGAGACAGGGUGUAUAUGGCUCUUAUGAACAUGUAUGUUUUUUUUCCAGUGCAAUCUGAGUUGAUGGUGCCUGAACAUCUUUCUUCUGAUGCUGUCCAUUUGGCCAUGGCAACCAGAGAAGCAACACAGAGGAAAACUAUGUUAAUUUUAAUAUCUAAGUUACUGAAGAAGUGUAAACAUUCUCAGGGUUCAUUAUGAAACUGUAGCGGGUCAAACACAGUCAAUACAUGGUCGUUCAUUGUCGUCCAAGACACGUUCACGUUGACACUGCUAAAGAAAUGAGGACACAAAAGUCCCAGUCCACCUUAAAAUGGUCUGAAUUAUAGGAUAUUGUUUCCCUUGUGAAUGUGAGCAUAUACUUGUCCUCAGUGCAUCUUGGGUAUGUUUGCCUGUACUUAGAGCUCUCCAUUGUGAUCAGAUCACUCAGGAUAGAUGUUAAUUCCAGGUCUUAAUGCGAUCUCUGUUUGCAGCCAGUCAGUAGUUGCUAUGUCAGAGCAACACCUUGGUGCAAUCCAUCUGAAGUAUAUCAGCAAUAUUUGAGAAACCGCCUUUCAAUUUGGAUUCUUUAAUUAUCUCUUAAUGUAGAAGUUUUACUUAUUAUUCGGAAUCUGCCUUUACUUAUGUGAAAUUAAUAUUGUACAAACAAAAAAGGGAUUCACGGGAAACUACAGAUCCACUGGACAUGAUGUAAAGGACAAAAGUUGCUCAUUAGUGCAGUUUUACCAUGUGAAAUGAUUUUGUUAAAUGACUAAAUAUAGCAUACCAAAAUGAAAUAUCUCAGCACCUUCGUUGCAUAAUGUACAUUAAUUUGCCCCCAAUGAAUAAUAAAGACAAUCUUAUACAGACCUCUUUGUCCUAUAUAAUGGUAAGUGGUCUGUAUUUAUUUAGUUAUUUUCUAGUUUGAUGAACUCAAAGCAAUUUACAGUCCAUGUUUCCCACCUUUUCACACACAAAUUUACACAAUGCAUCUAUGUGAAGCUCUCUUUACCACGCAUCACUGGUACACUGCUGGCACAGCUGUCAGUGGCAUUUUGGGGUAGAAUAUUUUACCCAGGGACAUUCGGAAUGGGGGAGACAGGGAUCAAACUGCUGUUAGUGGAUAACCUGAGCCCCAGCUUCCCUCUGAUUAAUACGCUCCACUAUUAAAACAUCAUGCCAUUAAAUCAAUCUUUACAUCUAGAAAAUUCACAAUCAGAUUCUUGACAAAUUCUACCAAAAUCUUAAAAUAGAUAAAAUCUUAGAAUAGAAUGUAUUACAAUUUUGCUAAUUGGUACAGACAUUUAUAAUGAAAACAGUUACUGUCAGUUUAACAGUGAUUCGUGACUUUUGCUGCAGACUGUGAUUUCAUGAUUUUCGUCUUUUCUUGUGUGGAGUGACUAAAGUGUAAAAAUGUGCAUUAAAAUCAGAGUUGAUGAAUCAUUAACUGCAACAGAAGGCCUUUCGUUACGUUGGGAGGAACUGUUGUGAUAAAACACAACACACACAAAUAUACACACAGCUUUCCACUCCACUAAGAUCAACAGAAAAAAGAAAUGUGUGUCUGCUGAACACUGCUGAUUUUGAUAUUUUGUGUAGUUUCACUUUCCAGGCAACCUUUUGCACACAAAGAUAACCAUGCUUUAAGAUGUUCAGAUGCCAACACAAUUCAUUGCACAGCACCCUCCCAUGUCUUUUGUCUUUAAUGCAACCACUUUCGCUUAGUGCUUAAUAUAGUAUCAGUAUAGAUUUCUGAUUCAAAAUAGCACACAUUACCUACUGAGAUACACUCACAACAACAUUUUUCUUAGUGAUGUUGUACAAUUGCCAUGUCUUAGUAAUCUGCUGUAGUCAUUUUACUUCGUAAUGUUAUUAGGAUACCGGGUCACAAUGUGGUACAUCUCAUCUUCUGCAUCUAAUCACCUUUUGAUGUUUUGGGAAAUUUAUGCACAGUUCUGUUGUUUUUUGGCCUCCUUACAUUUUUACAAAGAAACAUUUUAAGUCUUCAAACCUACAAUUGACUGUAAUGUCCGCCAAAUUAUUAAAAUCUUUAGGGAUGCUUUCAUCUAUGUUGCUGAUAAUAUAUGCACAUAUCUGCCUUAGUCAAUUCUUACUCUGUUUGAUGAUAAUGAUGUUUAAUGAGUUACAGACUCCUUACACAUUGUGAUGUCCAUUGUAGAUAGAGUAGAAAUAGCGGUUCUCACAAUUUUGCCACCAGUUUCUAGUUCAGCUCAUUUUGACUUUAACAAGAGAAAUCAUGUAGCUGUCACACCUUGUCAACCUUUACUGGUUUCCAGGUGAUCCUGGGACAUCUAUGUGUGAUGAAUGCCAAAAAGUCUUAAUCACUUCUAAUGUUCUGAACAGGUAUACUUGCUGUUGUAUCAGUAUAGAGAUGACAUCUAUUCUAAGACUGAUUAAAGAGUGGUGACUAAUAUCCUAUAAGACCUAAGUUGCUUAAAAUAGAAAUCUUUAUCAUAAUAUAUCAACUUAAAUGUUACAACUGACUCGACACAACGCAUAUCAUUUCCCUGCUAUACUUAAUUCUUGUGAGGACAAUGUCCAUAAGUUUAAGUCCAGAGAUGGAAGUGCAUCUGGAAAAUGUUCAAACCUUUUCCAAAUUUUCCACAUUUUGUUGUUAAGACUCAUCUUCAAAUGGAUUCACUUAAUUUUUUUUUAUCAUGAAUCUUCAACUGUGAUUACACAAUGACAAAGCAAAAACUGUUUUUUGGAGUGUUUGUAAAUUUAUUAAAAAUAAAAGAGUGAACUAUUCUA